UCCGUCUCAGUUCACACUCAAUCACUCACUCACUCUCACACACAUUCAGGACGACAUGGACGGCGCCCUCCCCACGCUGCACGCGCCCCUGUUGCUGCGCGCGCCGCGCCUCCUGGAACGUGCGCAGUACCCCGCGCGGAGCCCGAAGUGCGCGCGCUGCCGGAAUCACGGCGUGGUGUCGGCGCUCAAGGGCCACAAGCGCUUCUGCCGCUGGAGGGACUGCGCAUGCGCCAAGUGCGCUCUCAUCGCCGAGCGCCAGAGGGUUAUGGCGGCGCAGGUGGCUCUUCGGCGACAGCAAGCGCACGAGGAAAGCGAAGCGCGACAGAUGCAGAUCCUCUACACGGGGUCGAGCCUCAUGGACAGAGGUGCCAACACGCCGGGGUUACACCCCGCCUUCACCACCGAGCACAGGAAGAACGGAGAACAUUUAAAAAUACAUGUUUAACGGCUUCAUGGUCGGCUCUCACGUUUGCCCUGUGACGUCUCCAGUGGCAAAGAUUGACCUGGACCCAGAGGUCAGUCCCACAGAGCCACUUCAGCUAGGUGGAAACCAGUCUC